AUUUCAAGGACGAGCAAUCGAAACACCAUCAAUCACUAUGGCGUUGCGAGAGCUGCCUUCGGUUUUCUCCCGGUUGACGGUGAGGGGAUCGCGGUCAACAACAGUGGCUGCAGCUCGGAAUUGCCGCCGAUAUGCUUCUAGUCAAGCUACUUCUACAACACCAGAUCUUGCAGCAGACCUACAAGAUCUCGAGUCGCAAUCUUCCUUCACUGCCUCCGAGUACCCAGAGGAGAAGAUCAAGGCUUAUGAUCCGGUGAAGAGAGCUCAGGGGAGAAAAAGACAGCUUCCCCCCAGUCGAUUCCAAUAUCGACCUCCAAGAUACUAUCGAGGACCUCUUCAUCCCCACCAACCCCCUCCAGCGUCCGAUCCUUCAUCCCGAGUCUUCGUUCCUGGCCCCUUUUCCCACACCCGCCUGGAACAAACGUACCAAUCUACAAUUGCUCCGGAUCUUAUGACCUUGACAUAUGUUCACAAGCCUCCCGGAACGGAAACCACACCAAAAGCAGAUCGUCUACGGACCUGGGACGACUCAUCGCCAUAUCACAAGGGCAGACCGAAGCGUGGACCUCGAGGUCCUGGAGAGGUGUUGCGUAUUGUGGAGAAGGAUAUCAACUGGCGCAACAUCCCUAAAAUCAAGGAGGUGACGGUGCAUACUAUGAUCAAGGGUGCAACUGAGGAUUCGGCACAUCUUCACGUGGGUGGGAUCAUGAUCCAAGCAGUUACUGGGGUCAGGCCGACGGUUCACAGAGCAAAGCACAGUGUUGCACAAUUCGGGAUUCGAAAGAACACGCCUAUCUCUUUGACUUCCACACUCCGUGGAGACCAAGCAUAUGAGUUUGUGGACAAGUGUAUAAAUCUUGUCUUCCCCAAAAUAAAGGAUUGGUCCGGUGUCAAGGGCACUACCGGUGAUGGAGCCGGGAAUAUAAGUUUCGGUUUUGACAGAGAGGGAGCGAUCCUGUUCCCCGAAGUCGAAGUCAACUACGACAUGUACCCACCAAAGAUGAUCCCCGGUUUCCACGUAACCGUCAAAACAACCGCGACGUCCGACAGACAGGCCAGACUCCUGCUCACUGCCCUGGGCGUUCCAUUCUACGGAAAACUCGUUGAUUAGAGAGAGGAAGAGAGAGGAAAACCCGGAAAACAGGAGUCGAGGAUUUUAGAUCUGUACAUCAGUGUAUACUAGUUAUAAUACAGGAAGCAUGUGCAUACUCUCACCACCAUCAAACUUGCGGAUUCUUCAUACAAUCAAUAU